CAGAUAUAGCACAGCCACAAAACAAGAGCCUCACAGCUUCAUUCCUGAUCUCUUGCUCUUCUGAGCAAACAAUAACAGGAUUUGUCUCUCAAAAAUGGCCACAGUUACCUCGGCAGCUGUUGCGAUCCCAUCUUUCACCGGCCUUAAGGCAGCAGCCACAAGCAAAGUUAGUGUUCCAGUCAAGUUUGCAGCCUCUGCAGUUCCAAAAUUGAGCAUCAAGGCCUCACUCAAGGACUUAGGUGCUGCUGUUGUGGCCACUGCUGCAAGUGCAGUCCUUGCUAGCAAUGCAAUGGCUAUUGAGAUUUUGUUGGGUGGUGAUGAUGGGUCAUUGGCUUUUGUUCCAAACUCGUUUUCUGUGAGUUCUGGUGAGAAGAUUGUGUUCAAGAACAAUGCUGGGUUCCCACACAAUGUUGUGUUUGAUGAAGAUGGGAUACCAAGCGGUGUUGAUGCUUCAAAGAUCUCAAUGAACGAAGAGGAUCUGCUCAAUGCUGCCGGAGAAACUUAUGCUGUGACUCUGACCACGAAAGGUGACUACAGCUUCUACUGCGCCCCCAUCAGGGAGCUGGCAUGGUAGGAAAGGUUACUGUUAAUUGAUUUUGCAUAGGAUUAUCUCAAGCAAUACCUUCUUCUUUGUGUUCUUCAAUUUAUUGUUUUGAUAUUGUAGAUUUGUGAUGAAUACUUAGUUUGAGAAGGCAUUCGAUUUUUUCUUGCU